AUGACUUUGGCUCCUUCUGUUGUUGCUUCAUUCGAAUGGACCAUUGACGCUGCAAGAGAAUUAAUUCGACUUCCACGCGAGAAUUAUGAUGAUUUUGAAGGAUUCGCCGCUUCUCCCUCUCAAUGUCGUAGGAAAUGGUACUUAUUAAAAUAUGG